AUGUUGAAGUUCCUGUUUGUGCGACUGCGCUUCUUGUUCUUGUUCUGUAACUGCUCGGUUAUGAUGCCGUGCUCUGUCUUUUUCCCCAUAUUUACUGCGUCUCCUUCCACCCCAAACCGCGAUUCAGCACGGAUCGUCGUAGCCUCGUUCUGGCUGGUUGUGAUUAUCCUUACGACAGGCUUCGCGGGUCAGAUGAAGGCCAUGAUGAUGGUCAAAAACGAGGCCGACCGCAUCGACAGCAUCAGAGACCUGUCCCUCAGGCCCUGGAUCAAGCCAUACGUUCCGGCCGGAAGCGCCGUCGUGUCCUCAAUACGCGAUUCCAGGGAUACAUACUACCAGAAAGUGUGGCGCAUGGUAGAAAAGCACAAGGGAAGCCAGCCACCCGCCGUCGUGCUGUCGGAGGCCUCGAUGCGCGAAGUCGGUCUCGGCAAAGCUGUGGUCAUCAUCAGUCGAGCAGCUUCGGCCUCGCGGGCCACGAUUGCAUGCGCCAAUUCUACGAUAGGAGAGUACUACGUGGGAGAGGAGUCCACCUUCAAUUUCAACUCUGUGUUCUACCUGAACAAAAGGAUGCCACUGGAGAGGCAACAAGCCAUCAAUAGUAGGAUUUUGUGGCUGCGUGAUUCUGGCCUGGUGGCAAAAUGGUGGAAAGAUUCGUCAGGCCACUGGCAAGGCUGCGGUCAGACCAUCAGCGACGGAAACAUCUCCUUCUCGGAUUUCAAGGACCUGCUCCUGUUCUGGAUUGUCAUGCUAUCCGUGUCAACUUGCAUUUUCGCCAUCGAGGUCUUAAGCAACCUGAGCUAUCAGAUCCGUCCGGCCAUUUGCAACAGCGAUUAUCCGCCGUACCAGAUCACCACAGGAGAAGGUUUCAACGUUCCCGUCCACGGAGUCAGCGGCGAAAUCAUGAGCACGAUUGCUCAAUCCUUGAAAACAAACUAUAGCGUCACCUUUCCAAUGGAUUCCUUCUGGGGAUUAAGAAAAUUCGAUGGAAACUGGACCGGAGUCAUGGGAAUGCUGCAGCAUGAUGAGGCGGACGUAGCCUUGGUCGUGGUGAACCCCACAGAUGAAAAGAAGGACGUGGCUGUGGAAACAGAAACCAUCGUUCCCAUCGAACUGGUUAUUCUCGCAGGACGUCUGUCCCGCUAUCAAAGCAACAUCAUCGGAAUCAUACAGAUAUUCACGUGGCAAGUGUGGGUCUGCUUUUUCUGUGGUACAAUCUUGUCGGCCAUCACGUGGACGAUCAGCGACAAGGUCCACUUUCGCCUAAGACGAGGAUCAUCCGCCGGCUUUCCUUGUUUCCCGGCAUUCUUCAAUCAUCUGAGGACAUUCAUCAUGACCACAUUCCUAGAAGCGUCCCCAUCCACUCCAAUGCUGAGCUCUGCUCGGAUCGUCGUGGCCGCCUUCUGGCUGGUGGUGAUCAUCCUGACCACGACGUUCGCGGGUCAGAUGAAGGCAGUGCUAAUGAUCAGGAACGAGGCCAAUCGCAUCGACAGCAUGAGGGAUCUGUCCCUUAGGCCCCAUACAAAGCCAAUCGUUCCGGCAGACAGCGCCGUCGUGGCUUCGAUUCGCGUAAGAUUGCCAAUAUAUUACAAACCCCCCUGCACAUUGGUUGGGUGUCUCUUCAAGAAUUCGCCUUAA